GUGUAUACAAUAGGAUGUGAUGUUUGGUGGCACCGAAACUAUUGCGUCGGUAAUCGAGUGGGCCAUGGCAGAGAUGAUCAGAAGCCCAGCGGACCUGUCGAGGGUGCAACAGGAACUCGUCGACGUGGUGGGUGUGGACAGAAGAGUUCAGGAUUCGGAUUUUGAGAAGCUAACGUUCCUUAGGCGUGCAAUAAAAGAGACACUCCGGCUCCAGCCACCUGUGCCACUCCUCCAGCACGAGACGGCGGACGACGCCGAUAUCGGUGGCUACGCCAUCCCGAAGCAAGCGCAGGUGGUGGUUAAUGCUUGGGCGAUCAACCGAGACCCGGAAGCCUGGGACGAACCGGAAACGUUUAAACCUUCGAGGUUUCUGAAGGAGGGAGCACCGGAUUUCAAAGGAAGCAACUUCGAGUUCAUACCUUUUUGCUCCGGCUGGCGUUCUUGCCCCGGUAUGCAACUCGCACUGUACACGUUAGAGUUGGCAGUGGCUCAUCUCCUUCAUUGCUUUACGUGGGAUCUACCCGAUGGGAUGAAACUCAGCGAGCUCGACAUGAACGAUGUUUUCGGACUCACCCUCCCUAGAGCUGAACGACUGGUUGCCAUUCCAACUCCUAGCUUGCAAUUUCCCCUGUUCUGACGACCUCUGGUUUUUCAGAUAACCAUGAAUCAAUUGUUCAUGGUUAUUGUAGAUUAAAAACAUA